AUGGAAGUAGACAAAUCGAUGGGCUUAAUCCCGUUCUUUGUUGUCGCAACUUUAGGAACAACGGGCAUUUGUGCUUUCGACCCAUUAGAUGAAUUGGGACCGAUCUGCGAGGAGAAUAAAGCAUGGCUACACAUAGACGCAGCGUACGCCGGUUCGGCCUUUAUUUGUGAAGAAUACAGAUAUCUGAUGAAUGGAAUCGACUACGCAGACUCAUUCAACGUCAACACACAUAAGUGGCUGCUGGUGAACGUCGGAUGUUCAGCGAUGUGGGUAAAGGAUGGUUUUGACGUGGUUCAAGCGAUGAACGUUCAGAGGAUCUACUUAGACGACGUGCAGGGCGUCCCUAAUUACCGGCACUGGCAGUUGCCGCUUGGAAGAAAGUUCAGUGCGCUGAAACUUUGGACCGUUCUGAAAAUGUACGGCGGCGAAGGUCUGAGGAACCAUAUAAGAAGCCAAGUUGGAUUUGCGCAAUAUUUUGCAGAUUUGGUCCGGAGCGACGAGAGAUUCGUCGUAGAACCCGAGCCGUCUAUGGGUUUGACGUGCAUACGACUAGUGGAGAGCGAUAAGAUGACGAGGAAAUUGCUGGACAACUUGGUGGCGAGCAAGCAGAUUUUCAUGGUACCCACGACGUUCAGGAAUCGUUUUUUAAUAAGAGUGGUAAUCUGUUCCCACUUCACGACAAAGGAGGAUAUAGACGUCAGUUGGGAUAUUAUCAAACGAGAAACCGACAUUUUGGUACCGCCAGGGAACAGAAUUUCAAUAGAUUAG